GUUUAGGACUAAACGUGGUAAAACCACUAUACUCGGAGGAUCCCACAUGGCAUUAACUCUUUGAUAUAAAGUAGAAAGUAGUCAGCCUAAUUAGUACCUUUUAGAUUGGAUUGCUUUUGUAAAGCUAUAUCACUAAGUUGCUGAAUAUCAGGCACUAAGAGAGGCUAGCAAAAUGGACAGAUCAGAGCUCUCUUCUCUAAUUUAUUUGGUUAAGAUUUUACGAGGAUUCUGUGGAUACAGCAAGUACCUUAACUUGGUUUACUGCAUAAAGCCAGGCUCAUAGAGUCAUAGGAUAGACAAGAUGUUUUAUUCCCUGCUCCCAUGCCCUUCCAUAAAGAUGCUUUUACUAGUCAAUUCUCGAGCAGCAUUAGAUGCUAUGCAGUUCUGAGUGAAAAAAGAUCAAAUCUUGCACUAGAUGCUGCAUGGGGGAAGGAGGCGCAAUCGAUUCUGUUUUAUCCCCACUCAGGAGAUGCCUUUUUUUAGAAUGAUUGACGUGUAUAAGUAAUUGAGUCACAUGUUAAAUGUUCCAAAGUUAGCUAAUCAGCUAAGGCCUGUACUAAUGGAACACAAUCCAGACCACAGUUCAUGGUCAAUACCAGAAACCGAAAUAUUAUUCUGAGUUGUUUGGCAUCAGUCAAAUGAAAGAAAAGAGGCUAGGGUGUUACUUUCUUUCAAAAGAAUGCGAAAGGGAGAGUAUAUGUUUAUAAACUAAUGGCAAUCUUUUAUAGCCUCAAAGCAGUGAUGUGAUUGGGAGAAUUUAGUCUCACUUCAGCCUGUAUUCAUUUCCCUGGAAGCAGAAGUCUAUAUAGAGCUUCCAAUGCCUGCUUUAAUUAGCCUCAUUGUUAAGCAGAAAGUCGAGAAAUUUUUAUCAAGAGGCAAAUAGAUGAAGAGUUGUGUGGCCUGGUACCCUGUUAUGUUAAUGCUGGCCAUCGAUUUUGCCUUUGCAAUCACUAAUGUGCUUCUCAAAAAAAUUAUCAUUGAUGGAAUGAACCAUUUAGUCUUCAUCACUUAUCGGCAGUCAAUUUCAACCAUAUUUUUAGCCCCAGUUGCCUUUUUUGUCGAAAGGAACACCAGACCAAAGCUCACCCCACGCAUCCUGUGCCACCUUUUCUUAUGUGCGAUUGUUGGGGCAUCUGUUACUCAAUACUUGUUCCUUAUUGGUGUCGAAUACACAUCUGCAACGUUCGCUUGUGCUUUUCUGAACAUUGUUCCUGUGGUCACAUUCUUAAUGGCAUUGCCUUUCGGGUUGGAGAAAAUAAGCGUCAGAAGUAGCAGUGGAAGGGCGAAAGUGAUUGGCACACUAAUAUGCUUGGGAGGUGCCCUUUUGCUGACUUUCUACAAAGGCUUGCCUUUGGUUAAAUUCCCACCAUCAGAAGCCGUGGCUGUUGCAGAAACGAUCAGGCGGGUAUCUUCCCAACGACGAGAAAGGUGGAUAUAUGGUUCACUGGCAUUGUUUGCUGGCACGCUGUUUUGGUCCUCGUGGUUCCUUCUUCAAUCGAGCGUUUCCAAGAGUUACCCUUGCCAGUACUCGAGCACCGUUAUCAUGAACUUCUUUAGCGCCAUUCAGUCUGCUGUGCUAACUUUGUGCACCGACAGAAGCGCUUCCAUUUGGAUCCCGGCGAAGAAGAUUGACAUGGCAAAUGUCGUAUAUACUGGGUUGGUUAGUUCGGGAUUAUGCUUCGUGGGAAUGUCGUGGUGUGUGAAGAAGCGAGGGCCUGUUUUCACCGCGGCUUUCAGUCCUCUGGUGCAAGUAAUGGCAGCCAUGGUUGAUGUUCCCGUUCUACACGAACAGCUCCAUCUAGGAAGUGUAAUAGGAUCAGUGGUAGUGAUUAUUGGGUUGUACAUUCUGCUGUGGGGCAAGAACAAAGAAAUUCACAAAGUAGGCCAAGAAAGGGAAGAUGAAAAGGACACAGAAUCAGCAUUUCAAGGUGUUGUUGAAGACAAUAAUUGUGAAUCAAGAAUACCAUGAUGAUCAGUCUUGUUGUUCAUGGAACAAUUAUUGCUGAUCUCAUAUUCCUCCCUUAAUGUUAAUUAAAGAACUCUCUUGUUACUUUCUGUCCUUCCAACAUAUUUUUGUGGACUCAUUUUCCUUUCAAUGAAUCUAUCACAACACUGCUCUUACAAGGACCAA